AAAGUCAGAAAAAAAUCAGGGCGGUUUGUACAUGACGUCUCUGUUGGUGAAAAAAAACACAGCGAGCUGAAGGGAAUUGUCCUUAACGUUAUUUCGUGGAAUCUCGUCCUUUCAACGGUCAGGAAUGUCAGCUGGCAACGACAGCGGGGCUCGACUCAGCCAGUUCAAAAACAAAGGGAAAGAUGCCAAUGAGCUGAGACGCAGGAGAGCAGAAGUCAAUGUGGAGCUCCGAAAGGCGAAGAAAGAUGAUCAGAUCCUGAAGAGGAGAAAUGUCCAAAGUCUGGAGGACGAACCCACGUCCCCUCUGCAGGAGAAGGAUCCCAACGCACAGCCUUCUCAGCUCUGGUCUGUGGAGGAGAUAGUAGGAGGUGUGAACAGCCAGAGUCUAGACCUUCAGCUUCAGGCAACACAGGCAGCCAGAAAGCUCCUUUCCAGAGAAAAACACCCACCCAUUGACACUAUCAUUGCAACCGGCCUCAUCCCAAAGUUUGUUAGUUUUCUGGCAUUGUCUGAAUGCCCUCCAAUCCAGUUCGAGGCUGCCUGGGCACUGACUAACAUCGCCUCAGGUACCACGGACCAAACCACCGCUGUAGUGGAAGGGGGGGCCAUUCCAGCCUUCAUCAGCCUGGUGGCAUCUCCCCACCAGCACAUCAGCGAGCAGGCCAUCUGGGCCCUGGGGAACAUCGCAGGUGAUGGAUCCAAUAACAGAGACCUUGUGAUUAAACAUGGUGGUCUCCUGCCACUUCUAGCCUUGCUGGCAGCUCCUGACCUGUCCGUAUUUCCUUCUGGCUACCUGCGCAACCUCACCUGGACGCUUUCCAACCUGUGCCGGAACAAGAACCCAGCUCCUCCUCUGCAGGCGGUGCAGCAGCUGCUCCCGUCCCUGGUGCGCCUCCUGCACCACGAUGACAGGCAGGUCCUGGCUGACACCUGCUGGGCUGUUUCCUAUUUGACCGACGGCUCCAAUGAGAGGAUCGAGGUGGUGGUGCAUGCUGGCCUGGUGCCCCGUUUGGUGCAGCUUCUGGGCUGCGGGGACCUCUCCAUUGUGACUCCAGCCCUGCGGUCACUUGGCAACAUUGUGACGGGGACAGAUGAGCAGACCCAGUGUGUGCUGAAUGCAGGUGCCCUGGCAAUGUUCCCCGACUUGCUGCGCCACCACAAGCCCAACAUCCAGAAAGAAGCGGCCUGGACAGUGUCCAACAUCACUGCCGGCAAGGACACCCAGAUCCAGGAAGUUAUCAAUGCAGGCCUGAUGCCCAUCCUGGUGGAGAUCCUCCAACAGGGAGACUACAAGACCAAGAAAGAGGCAGUUUGGGCGGUCACCAAUUACACCAGUGGAGGAACCAUGGACCAGGUGGCCUACCUGGUCCACUGCAAUGUGCUGGGGCCCCUGCUCAGACUAUUGACAGCUAAGGACAGCAAAGUGAUCCUGAUUAUCCUGGAUGCAAUCUAUAAUAUCUUACAGAUGGCACACAAAGCUGGUGAGGUUGAGAAACUGUGCCUAAUGAUCGAGGAGUUGGGUGGUCUGGACAAGAUUGAGGGGCUGCAGUCCCAUGAUAGUGAAGCUGUCUACAAGGCCUCGCUCAAAAUCAUAGACCGAUUCUUCUCUGAAGAGAAUGAAGAUGAGUCCGUGGUUCCAGAGGCCAACGGAGACAACUAUACCUUCCAGAUCCCCGAGAACCAAAGCACUUUUCAGUUUUAACAUGUCCAGUUUGCUCAUUGUAACAUAAAUAAGAAAGUUCUUACAUUGUGGAUUUCUUUGUUUUUGUACUAUUUUUAGACAAAAUAUCCAAGUUUUUAAGAAAUAUUUGUAAAUAAAUUUUAUUCAUGCUUACGUA